CAGCGGAUCCGAGAUGGCGACUCACAUGUCGAGGUGUAGGAGCUGGAGUCGUGUCCACAGGUUUGGGAUAGCAGCUUACAGAAAGUACAGCAGUGGCGGUGGAUACCCCAAUAUCUCUCUCUCUACACCGCUGCCUGGGAUCCCCAAGCCGGUGUUUGCAUCCGUGGAUGGUCACGAAAAAUACGAGACCAGGAUUACCACUUUAGAAAAUGGCCUUAAAGUCGCCUCUCAAAACAAGUUUGGUCAAUUCUGCACAGUUGGAGUCUUAGUAAACUCUGGAUCCAGGCAUGAAGCAAAGUACCCAAGUGGGAUAGCACACUUCUUAGAGAAACUUGCCUUUUCUUCUACAGCUCAAUACGGCAGUAGAGAUGAAAUUCUUCUCACGUUGGAAAAACACGGGGGGAUAUGUGACUGCCAAACAUCGAGAGAUACCACCAUGUAUGCCGUGUCUGCUGAAGUGAAGGGUCUGGACACGGUGGUCAAUCUGCUCUCUGAUGCCGUCCUGCAGCCUCGCCUGCUGGACGAAGAGAUGGAGAUGACAAGGAUGGCGGUUCGUUUUGAGUUGGAGGAUCUGAACAUGAGGCCGGACCCUGAACCCUUACUAACUGAGAUGAUCCAUGCUGCUGCGUAUCGUGGUAACACGGUUGGACUGCCUCGUUUUUCGCCUGCAGACAACGUGGAUAAGAUAGAUAAACAAGUGCUUCACAGCUACUUGCGCAACUACUACUGCCCUGAACGGAUGGUGCUGGCGGGAGUCGGCAUCGAGCACGAGCAGCUGGUUGAAUGUGCCAGAAAGUACCUGCUGGACGUGAAGCCGGUGUGGGGAGCGAUCACAGCGGCCAACGUGGACCUCUCUGUGGCACAGUACACCGGGGGCAUCGUUAAGAUGGAGAAGGACAUGUCAGACGUGAGCCUCGGCCCCACCCCCAUCCCAGAGCUGACCCACAUCAUGAUCGGCCUGGAGAGCUGCUCCUUCCUGGAGGACGACUUCAUCCCAUUUGCUGUUCUCAACAUGAUGAUGGGCGGAGGUGGCUCCUUCUCAGCCGGAGGACCCGGGAAAGGCAUGUUCACUCGCCUCUACCUGAACGUACUGAACAGGCAUCAUUGGAUGUACAACGCCACCUCGUACCAUCACAGCUAUGAGGACAGUGGUCUGCUGUGUAUCCACGCCAGCGCAGACCCCAGACAGGUGCGGGAAAUGGUGGAGAUAAUAACUAGAGAGUUCAUUCAGAUGGCGGGAAACGCUGGAGAGAUGGAGCUGGAGAGAGCCAAGACUCAGCUGAAGUCCAUGCUGAUGAUGAACCUCGAGUCACGGCCGGUUAUUUUUGAAGACGUUGGUCGCCAGGUUCUCUCAACAGGAAAGAGAAAGCUGCCACAUGAGCUGUGCGAUCUGAUAAGCAACGUGACGGCCAGUGACAUUAAAAGAGUGACUGCCAAGAUGCUGCGUAGUAAACCAGCAGUAGCAGCUCUGGGAGAUCUGACGGAGCUGCCCUCAUACGAACACAUACAGGCCGCCCUGUCCAGCAAGGACGGACGUCUGCCCCGCAUGUAUCGCCUCUUCCGAUAGACCCCGACCACCCUCCACCACCAACUUCUUCCAUCGCCAUUUUUGCCAGUCAGCCAUGGCAAACAUCGCUGUAAAUAAACUGGACUAUCUGGAAGCUUACACUAAAGUUCCCUCCCAACACAGAACUCACUCUGGGAGGGGACUAAUUCCUGGGCUCUGGACUGAGCCUCUGAGAGUGGUCAAUUUUAAAGAAAAAGCUACAUUUACUCUCCAGUAAGUAACCUUUGUCUACACAGUCGUAGUCUCUGUAUUUAUUCUUCGUGGGCAGGAAGCCAUAUGUCAUUAUUUACUGGAUUUGCAGAAGUUCCACCCAAAAGAGCCCCCAAAGUUUAGGUUUUAAUUUUCAAUUUGAAAAAACAAAACAAAUAUAAAUUAAACUGUUUUGUUCAACUAUAUGAAUGAAAGGUGUUACACUGUGAAAAGAUCUUGUUAGUUUGGAUUAAGAGAGCUUCACCUGGAGCCUCCACUCCCCUUUUUUUCCUCAGUGGAUGGAUUAAAAAAAAAAGUAGAAUGUCUCUAUUUAUAAAACAGCACUUCUUAAUGUCCCGUGUCCAGAUGAGACACAAUACACAGUGAUAGGAAAAAGGUACUGAUUCUUUUCUUUUUUUUUAUCAUUAUUAUUUAAAUUUUGGAUCAGUGUGGCCAGCGUUACAGCUGCAGUUUUUCAGGCAAACUUAAAUCAUGUUUCUGUCGCCAUCGUGUCUCAGUUUUACUGUGAAGAGACUGAAAUCUAUUCUGUCUACUGUUUUUUUUUAUUGUGUUUAUGUCUUUACAAAGUACCCCAAAGUUUUACAUAAAUUAAAGUUUAAAAUAAAGUUACAGUCAGACAUUUUGGGAAUUAUGCUUGUUCACUGGCUGGUGUGGAGAGCUAAACUUAUAAGGACAGGUUCACAAUUUUUAAAACAACAGUCAGGAGCCCAAAUAAACUUUGAAACAUGUUUUUCUUGCUGUAGUCAUUCCUCCUGUUCACGCUUACCAUUAAGAGAUUCCUUGAUGUACUACUUAUAAGUGAUGGGAGACAAAAUCCAGUCCUCCAGUUUAUCUGAAGUUGAUAUGAGGCUUCAGUCAACCAAAUGAGUCAAAUCAGAUAGAUAUCUUUCAACAUUUCAGUGUUUUUUAGUGUCAAAGUCUGUUUUUAUUACUAUACUUCACUACAGCUUAAGAGUGAAACACUGAGGAAACACAAAGAGGGAAUUUGAUGCUAAACAGAUAAAUGUGGCAGAUAUCCACUUGAUAUGACUAACUCAAACUGCUGAAUCCUUAUAUAAGCUUCAAAUUAACUUUUAGACACACUGUGGAUUUCGUCCCUCAUCACUUACAUUAAAGCACAUUUGAAGGAGAUCUUUUAACAUUCAGUAUGAACAGGAGGAAUUAAUAUGGCGAGGAAAAACUUUCACUGUUCAUUUGAGCACCUGACACUUUAAAAAAUGUGAACAUAUCCAUUAAAAUGAUCUCUAACUGUGUUUACUAGUGUAAUAAACCAGUUUUGUGUAUCAGAGAUGAUCAUUGAGAUAUUAAAUUCAUGUCAGAAGGUGGAACAACACACACAUUUCUCUCUCAGCAUGUUUUAUCUUUACGUUCAUCUAAAUGCAUUCAAUUCAGACUCUGUGAACUGACACUGGUAUAACUCUCAAAAUGUCUCCCUUAUCUCAUCAUCAGUCUUAAAGUGAAUUUAGGAGCUAAACUAUAUCUCAAAUGAACAUUUAAUCAAUCUGCACCAAAAUACAGUCAAGUGUAUUUUACUCUUUAUUAUUUCAUCGGCUUCUGCCUAAAGUGAAACGUGUUAAAUGUGAAUGCUGUUAACAUCUGCGAGUCAACUGGUAAAUAAAUGUAAUUACUUCCACAAAUAAAAAUUAUAUAUAUUUUAAA